AUCAUUAGGGGGACCUGUUUACCGAACUCAGGGUAACUUUUUUCUGUAGAAUCAUUAUAGCUGUAACUUAGAGCCAAGUUAAGAGUAAGUUCGUCCUAUACUUGGAAAAAAUGAAAACGGAUGUAUUACCUCAUCUAACACAAUGAAGUGUCUAUGAUGACGGAAAGCUGGUGCGCUUGCGUAGACACUCACCCGACAACAAAGAUAACAACAGAUCAAGAUGAACCCUCGGUACACGACGACCUAACAAAAUUAGUCAAGAUAAGAUAGACAAGACAUUACUAACCACACACCGGGGAAAGUCAAUGGUUACAGAAGCAGGGAAGACACAUGGUAGAACUAGACAUAAUUGUAAUGUAAUGUAAUGUAAUUCAAUAAAAUGGGUAUUUGAAGUAAGGUUUCGUGAAAAGUACACGUAACAAUCUAGCUAUAUACAAAAAAAAAAACAUUUUCAAGAAUAGGGAUAAAGCAGAAUCACGGAUAAACUACAUAUAUCAGGGAUUCCAAACUUUUCUGGUGCUGUGUAUCUAUUUCAUACAAGUUUUUGUCGUAUUCAAAGGUAAUGGUAGCACACCCCCCUGCUGCUUUCUAAACAUUAACUCAUCUUUCUAUGCAUAAACGAUCUUUGGAGCUGCCUUCGCUUGAUUCUAGAAGGAAGCACAGUCCGCGGAUGUCACCAUCAUCCCCAGGAUUAGGCGGGGCUCUCUGAUAGGUGUGGCUGGCUGAAUGCUCAGGGAAGUUUGGCUGUCAACCUGUAGAUUGGCUUCACUUCAUAUGAGCAUGACAUGAAUGAGAGGAGUUAAAAAUCUAAGUAGCUUAAACAUGAAGUGAAUGUGAUUGAUAAUCUCGUUGACCAAGCUGUGAAAGUGUGACAACGGGACAUUUCGGCGGAGAAUAUAAAGACUUACUAAGAACCAUGGGCCUCCUGCAGAUGAUUAAAUCCCAGUUCUUGUGCCAUCUCUUCGCCGGCUAUGUGUUCUUGGUCAGUGGCCUCAUUAUCAACCUACUGCAGGUCUGUACUCUACCUCUGUGGCUGGUCAGUAAGCAGCUGGCUCGCAGGAUCAACAUCAGACUGGCCUAUUGCAUCAACAGCCAGUUGGUAGCUGCCCUCGAGUGGUGGUCGGGGACAGAAUGCACGCUCUAUACCGAUCCAAAGAGUUACGAACUCUAUGGAAAGGAGAAUGCUGUUGUGGUUCUCAAUCAUAGUUUUGAGAUUGACUUCCUUUGUGGCUGGACGUUCUGUGAAAGAUUUGGAGUUCUAGGGAGUUCCAAAGUCUUGGCCAAGAAGGAGCUGGCUUAUGUUCCGGUAAUCGGUUGGAGUUGGUACUUUCUGGAGAUUGUUUUCUGUAAGAGAAGAUGGGAGGAGGACCGGAGAACAGUGGCUGAAAGUCUUCAGAACCUGCAUGACUACCCUGAAAACUUCUGGUUCUUGCUUUUCUGUGAAGGAACUCGCUUCACAGAAAAGAAGCACCAGAUCAGCAUGCAGGUGGCCGAGAGUAAAGGUCUACCCAAGCUGAAGUAUCAUCUGCUGCCCAGGACUAAAGGAUUCUGGGUAACUGUCCAAAACCUCAGAGGAUCCGCUGCGGCCGUUUAUGAUUCAACACUGAACUUCAGAAACAAUGAAACGCCUUCACUGCUUGGGAUUUUAAAUGGAAAGAAAUAUCAUGCAGAUCUAUAUGUGAGGAGAAUCCCUCUAGAGCAGAUCCCAGAAGAUGAGGCAGACUGUGCUGCUUGGCUCCACAAACUCUACCAGGAGAAGGACAGCUUUCAGGAACAUUACGCACAGACUGGACGAUACCCUGGCCCCAUAGUGAGCCCUGCACGCCGACCUUGGACCCUGAUCAACUGGCUCUUCUGGUCCUGCCUGCUCCUCUACCCAUUAGGGUUGCUUCUCAGUCAGCUCGUCAGCUCAGGAUCUGUUCUCACCCUUGUAGUAUCAGUGGCUCUCUGCUCCGCAGCAUCACUGGGAGUUCGUUGGAUGAUCGGCCAGACAGAAAUCAACAGAAGCUCCAAUUAUGGAAAUAAGCCAGCUUCCCUGAACAACAAUUAAAUAUUCCUGACUUGAUUUUGAGCUGCUUCUGUGCAACGCUGCUCAUCCACAGGCCUUGGACUGGCAGGACCUUGUCAGUCAAGCUUGACAGAUGACCUUGUUAAGAACAAAAUGGAAACGCUACAUCACUAAAAUCUGUUUUAUAUCAGUCGCAGGGACUUGCAAUAAAUUUGAAGAUGACAUUUUUUGGAUGUCAAAAUGUGUGAAAUGGUGGGAUGAUAGUAUAAAACAGGUAUAUUUUUGGUACAUUUAUAUUGGUUAAUUUAAUUGCGCUAGUGUGUGUCAGUGUUUUUGUGCCGAGCAGAGAGUAAAGUCACAGCAGCUGCUUCAUUAGGUACUAGAUUUGAAAAAACAACAAUGAAAAACACCUGACACUUCAUUAUUUCUUCUAAAAUGACCCAAAAAGGUCAACACUGUUUCGUACUGGAUCUGAUUGGAUAAACACAACAUUACAGUAACAUUAUAAGGAGCUGUUGACAGCUCUUGCACAAUGACGCACGUGUUGACUGUAAACAGUAGUGUCUGAUGAUGGUGCAUUUCACAUUUCAGCAGUCCAAACACUCCAACUUGACACCUCCACUUCCUACACUGACCUCUGGCGGUUGCAUGCUAACCUGACGCAAGGCAUAAAUUCUGGAUACCGUUUAUAAUAAAAAGAGUUCGAUGAAGUCUGACUGUCGCUACUAACACAGGAUAAAAAUGUGUGCUUUAUUUUAAGGCAAUAAUUGUAUGAUAAUAAUUACCCCCUUAUAACUUCCGUCAUAUAUUUACAUUUGACACGUGUAAAUAUUUGAUAUAUUUAGUUUGGUUUCGCUUAAGCCAUUCAGAAAAUGACCACUGAUCACCGUGAUGCCAUUUUUCUAUCCUGAAUACAAACAGUAAGGGCGGCUCACUCAUUAAAACAAUCAUAAAUAUGUAAGCUGUAAGAGACUAAAACUUUUUUUGAUUGUUACCUGUUCCAGAUGACAUCUAAUGUAAAUGUGCAGUUUUGUUAAAACUUGAUGAUGUGCAUCUGUGUUUUAUACCAAAGUAAUGUUUGAUUCUGGUGUGUUGGUCUCAAUAAAUUGCUAUUCUCUAAUAUAUUUUUUUCCUGUUUUAUUUUAAUAUGAUCAGGAGUUGGUCUUCACUGUGUGUCUUUAACUUGACAGUUAAAAGUCCCCAGAUUAUAAUCUGCUGAACAGGUCCUGUAAUUGUUUAUAACAUAAUUGCAAAAGUAAUUAAAUUCAGAUUUGUUUAUUGUAUGUUAUCAUAUUUAACAUAACGGAUGCUCCCACCGAUUAUUGCAGGAGCUACACCAGGAUGUCAUAUCCUCCCAUGUGAACAACUGACCGAUUAGUGCUGGGCUUUUUGCAUUAGCCUCUGUAGCAACUAAAUUUGCUGACAUCACUUCAUUGUCUACUACAGUCCUUAAAAAUACAUAGAUUUGGCAACUUUACUCCCACUGAUCAGAUGA